CUACUCACUGACGUUAUGUUUUGUUUUGCCAGUCAAAGAGAGAAAAUGACGUUAUCAUUGUCAGAAAUAGAGAAAUAUAUCCAAAAAUUGUGCCAAACCAAACGAAUAAGAAUCCAACAGUUUUUUCAAGACUAUGAUUCCCUGAGGUCAGGUUAUGUGACAGAAACUCAAUUUUUCCGAUGUCUCUGUCAGACACUUAAUAUUACACUGAGCAAAGAUGAAGAAAAUAUUCUUUCUGAAAAAUAUGACUUUCGAAGAAAUAAGACUGUUAACUACCGAGAAUUUUGUUCCACCAUAAAUAAACCAAUCAAGGAAGACAUGGAUUCCAAUGAACAGUCUGAAAUAUAUCAACAUAAACAACAACAACAACAACAACAACCAGUAGCACCAACAAAGCAAUCUACAUUUGAUCAGAUUUUAUCUCGGUUAGCUACUUAUUAUAAUCUUUAUGGCUUGUCAGUAAAAAGAGGCUUUGAAGAUUUUGAUAUACUCAGUAAGGGCACUGUUACAGAAAGUCAGUUCUAUCGCAAUUUACCAAUUCCUCCUGAUAUUAGUGAAACUGAUCUCAAAUUCUUGGUGCAAACUUAUGCGGAAAUUAGUGAGCCAGGCUACAUAAAUUAUAACAAACUUGACAUUGAUGUAAAAAAAUGUCAAGAAGCCAAAGAAGCAGCCAAAGAAUUUCCUGUUCCUCCACAGUCUGAAACUGUUACCAAGGUAAGACACAUUAAAGACCAUUAUUUCUCUUUUACUCACUGUCAUCUUGAGAAAAGACCAACUGAAGAAGUAACCCGCCCACCCAUGGGUGCUCUUAACAGGAGAAUAAAUACACUCAGUGCCGAAGAAGAAGCAGAAAUAAAAGAACUGCUUGAUUAUCAAGCUGAGAAAAUCAAAGAAAGAAAUUUACUACUUUUUCCAUAUUUCAAAGAUUAUGAUCGAGGUGUUGGAUAUACAAAGUCAAUCACCAAGAACCAGUUUGCUCGUGUAAUGCACUUUGUAAAAUUAGAAUUAACUGACAGACAAUUGAGAUUGCUUGUUAAAAAAUUUGGUAAUGAAAACGGAGAUAUUAAUUAUCCAUUGUAUGUUCAAACUGUGGAUCCAGAUUUCAAAGCCCACUUUAUUGGAGAUGUCAUUCUUCCAGAUCAAGCAAAAGUUGAGGUGAAAAAGGCUGAAAAAUCCAAUUUAACUUUUGAUGAAGUGAUGGCUCGCAUUAGACAUGUCGUUUUUGUAAACAGACUUCAGGUCGGUCAGAAUUUUGAAGAUUACGAUCCUCUUAAGUCUGGUUCAAUUACCAAAGCUCAGUUUCGACGUGGUUUGUCAUCUCUUGGAUUCAGUAAGAUAGGUUUCCAUGACAUGACCAAUGACCAGUUUGACUUACUCUGUGAUCACUACCAAGACCCUCAACAUAAGGACAAAAUUAUUUGGACAAAUUUCAACAAUGAUAUCAACCUAGUGUUUACCAAGUCCAACUUAGAGAAAACUCCAACAGAAGAAAUACCACCUUCUGAAGUGUAUCUCAUCCCCAAGUCAGGCACUGCUGACUGGAGCAAAGCAUCAGAUGAACAAAAAGCAGUGUUUGAAGCUGGAAUGAAGAAGUUAAGAAAAUGUGUAAAAGAAAAACGUAUGCUUAUUGAACCUUGCUUUCGGGAUUUUGAUCAUCAUAGUAACCAUCAUAUAACGAGGAAACAGUUCCAGCAGUGCCUGUCUAUCAUGAAUUUACCAUUUACCAAAGCAGAGAUCGAUGCCAUUGAAGCUCGCUUCAGCAACGACAUAGGAUUCAACUACAUGACGUUUCUCUAUGAAUUACUGUCGGACGAAUACCAGUUAUGCCCACCUCGUUAUCCGACAAUAAAGAAAGAGGUUUUCCAUUUGAGCAAACAUAAGUCAUUGCUAGAACCCGACACCAAUGUCCAUGAAGAAGAUGUGCUGACCAAAAUUAAAAAUAAGGUAUUCAAAGAGCGGUUCCGAUUGAUUGAUUAUAUGAAGGAUUAUGACAAACUCAACUCCGGACGUAUUAUAAAGAGCAAUUUUCAGCGUGCACUUGGAUUGAGUCCUUUGAAUCUCAGUGGGUCAGAAAUAACUCUCUUGGAAUCCAGGUUUGAAUCACCAAGCAAUCCUGGAGCCGUAGACUACAGGAAGUUUUGUGAUGAAAUUGAGUCUGUUUUUACCACUCCCAACCUUGAUAAAAGCCCGUUGAAAGAAGUUGAGCAAUAUCGGCCAAAGCAGGAAUGGGAAACUAAUAUCCUGAAAGAAGAGGAAGAAUCAGAAUUCAUGAAAGCAAUGACUAGGAUAGCUGAAAAGGUCCGCCAAGUACGCCUACAGUUGUUCCCCCUGAUGGAAGAUUACGAUAAGAACAACAUUGGCAGUCUCUCCCGCUCACAAUUUCGUAGAGUUCUUGUAGAAUUAGAUUUGGGAAGUUAUUUCACCGAACGAGAACUCGAAAUUAUAUGUAAAAAGUUCAAAGUGCGAGUGGGCACAAGAGACGACGUACAUUAUAUCGCCUUUUGCGACUUCGUUUAUGAGUUGGCCAAAUUUAUUUACAGGACUCCUUAAGGAAAAUCCUGCAAGCGAUGAGAGAUCACACAGGUUUGAAAAUAAAAUAGAUUUCAUGUAUAAAUCAA